AGCGCGUUGUUGAGGAACAAUGAGCGUUAUGACCAGUGGUGUACCAACCUCCAAGAUGAUAGCAGGCGUUCUUUCUUCUGUUGUUGUGUGCGCGUUAGUGGUGGGCACAGAAGCCCAGGUGUCCGUCACGGGGAUCCGGUUAACACUGGCCGGACAAGAAGUGCCGUUCAUGAACCUGGGAAAUCCUGACCUCAGCUACGUCCUCGAGUGCAACUACGUGGCGAGCGUGGAAGAUGUCGUGAAUGUGACGUGGACGCUGGAUGACUACGGCGACGUUUAUUCGUGGCAUCCGAGCACCGACACAGUCACAGUGCACGUGCCCUCCUGCAGGGCGUGGGCGCAGGGCCCCAACAUCCACUUCACGCCGCAGCCCACGAUGAGGGGCUUCUAUACCUGCAAAGUCUUCCAUAAUCGCCCGGAGGAAAUUGUGAACCCUGUGCAAGAUGAGUUUCAGCUGCAGAUGUACGCGUACUACCACGACGAGUACGAAAUGUCGGCGUCGGUCGAGAAUUGUACAGUGUCCUGGAACUUCACGACGCCCGCCAUGUACCCGAAGCCUAAGAUCACCUGUGGCUUUUGGAACAACACGGCGAAUGACCUCGGGCAAGCCAUCCACGGGGGGCUUUUCUACCACCAGUUCGUGAACAAGACCUGGUACGCCUUCAUGAGGGACACGCCAGUGAUGAUUGAGGACAUUCCCCGGGGCUCGACGCUGUACUGCCUGACGGAGGUGCCCUUCGUGAACUUCACACGCGAGGUCAAGGUGCUAAGAGACCCCGUCAAUGCCUUGUUGUACAAUGAAG